UGUCUCCGAGGGGAACAAGAAAAUCAAGGCGAAUGCAAUACUGAAGGUUGCCCGCAAUGGACCUAAUGGGGCAAAUGGAGCGAAUGCAGCGCCUCUUGCGGAGGAGGACAACAGAUACGGGCUCGCCAAUGUCGGUAUCCUAACAAGCCGUUGCUAUUUGCGGAUGGAAAAUGCCCCGGGGAGCCCUCUGAAACCAGGGUUUGCAAUGAUGCCGCCACUGUUCCUUGUCCGAAACUGAGUGAGUGGAGUCCAUGGUCUGAAUGUACUAAAACUUGUGAAUCUGGAGAAAGAACCAAAGAGCGAACUUGCGAUGGAAGCAAGGACGAAAAUAAUCCUUGCCAAGCUGUCCUGGUUGAGAAGGAAACUUGCAACACACAAUUGUGCCCACUGUUUAAUGAGUGGUCGGAGUGGACUGAAUGCUCGGCCACUUGUGGUGGAGGCGGACAAACGCGAGAACGAAACUGUUAUGACCCAAACCUUAGAUUGAAAUGCGACGGUGAACCCCAGCAAACGAGAGCCUGCAACGUCCAACCAUGCCCCAAUUGGACCCAGUGGUCGGAUUGGACCACUUGUAGUGCAACGUGUGGUGGAGGACAAAGAAAUCGACAACGCCAAUGUGAAUUACCUGAUGGGACGAUAAGGCCAGAUUCGGAAUGUGGAAGUGGAUCUUCAAAUGAAGAUGGAAUUUGCAAUGAGGACGUGAUUUGUCCUGAAUGGACCACUUGGAGUCAAUGGAGCGAGUGCAGCGUGUCCUGUGGUGGUGGAGAACAACAAAGGGUCCGAUCUUGUGAGGUGGAUGGUCAAAUUUACACAUCCGACAAUGGCAACCCGGGUUGUCCAGGCGAUGCCUCAGAGAUCCAAGAAUGCAAUGAUGCUGAAUCAGUUCCUUGUCCAGAGCUGAGCGAAUGGUCAGAGUGGAACCAAUGUAGUGUAACUUGUGGAGGCGGAGACCGCUCCCGGACAAGGGAAUGUGGAAUUCCCGGUUCCAAUCCCAUCACAUCUGCCUCAGUCUCAGCGUCAGCUAAUCCAUGCAAGCAACCUUUAUUUGAGAGCGAAAAAUGCAAUAAUGACCGAUGUCCGGUUUAUACUCCAUGGACUGAAUGGUCGGAAUGCUCUGCUACUUGCAAUGGAGGGAAUCAAAGGCGGACUCGACAAUGUGUCCCGGCCAAUUCGAGACUUUUUUGCGAGGGCGAAUCUGAAGAAGAGCGGCAAUGCAACGAGAACCCGUGCCCAUUGUGGACAGAAUGGAGUACCUGGUCCGAAUGUAGCUAUACAUGCGGAGGUGGAACAAGGCAAAAAACCCGAGAGUGUGAGUUACCCAAUGGCGAUAAAGUAGAAGAUUUCCUUUGUGGAAUGGGGCCUGCCACCGACGAAGAGCCUUGCAAUACAGACAAAUGCCCUGAGCUUGGACCAUGGACCGAAUGGGGUCCUUGCACCGUGACCUGUGGAGGUGGAGAGAAGGUCAGAACACGGGAAUGUGGAUUGCCCCAGAGAUUUAGAGACGACAACCCCUGCCAAGCUGAGCUGAGUGAAACAAUGGUAUGCCAUCCUGAACCUUGUCCCACUCUCACAGAUUGGGGGACUUGGUCUGAAUGUUCCCAUACUUGUGGGGGAGGAUUUCGACAAAAGACUAGGGAGUGCAUUGGAACGAAUGAGAACGAUGUUGCUGCGUCAGGCGUUAACAAUGACGAUGAAAAUCCCUGUAUGGAACCUUUGGAGGUCAUUGAAGGUUGCAAUGAUGCCACGUGCCCCGUAUGGAGUGUAUGGGGAGAUUGGACCGUGUGCUCGAAAACAUGUGGAGGUGGACAACGAACCCGAUAUCGACAGUGUACUGAUCCAGCUACUGGACAAGAUGCCUUUUGUCCCGGAAGUAAUGAGGAGUCCGAGGAAUGCAAUUCUCAGGAUUGUCCCUACUUCACCGAAUGGACCAAAUGGACAGAAUGCAGCCAGAGCUGUGGAGGUGGGACGAGAUCAAAGGUUCGAGAAUGCAUUGUCAGUGGUGAUGAAGCAAAUGAAGUCGAUGCAACGAACCUUUGCGAUGGGGACACUCAAUAUCAAGAAGCUUGUAAUGAAGACGUUGUUUGCCCGGUUUGGAGCGAGUGGACUGAUUGGGGGCAAUGCACAGCCACUUGUGGUGGAGGAACUGAAAAAAGAAUCCGCGAUUGCCUUUUACCAGCUGCUCGCAAUGGUAAUGGAACCAACUUGUAUGGUUGUGAUGGAGACACAUGGGAGAUGAGAAAUUGUAAUGAACACAAUUGCCCAACAUGGACAGAAUGGACCGAUUUCACAAAGUGCUCCAAGUCUUGUGGUGGAGGUAGAAGAGUGAAAACUCGGGAGUGCACCUUGCCACCCAAUAUUCCUGCACCAGCAUUGGCUCUUUUUUGUCCAGGAGACGAGAAGGUCAUAGAAAUUUGCAACACCGACGCCUGUCCAAAGCCCACUGAAUGGAGUGAUUGGGGUGAAUGUUCGGUUACCUGUGGAGGGGGCUUAAGACAGAAAACAAGAGAAUGUGUUAACUUCAGAGACAGUAAUGGAAAUCCUUGUAAUGAAGAUCUGCUUGAAGAGGAGGCAUGCAAUGAGCAACCAUGUCCAGCUUGGACAGAGUGGACCGAAUGGACACCAUGCACAAAAACAUGCGACAAAGGACGCAAGAAACGAGCCCGAGAAUGCCUGCUCCUUACGAGAAGUGAUUGUCCAGGGGAGAGUGAAGAAUUGGAAGACUGUAAUCCUGAGCCAUGUCCCAUUUUGACCGAAUGGAGUGAGUGGACUGACUGUACCCAAACCUGCAGUGGAGGGAGCAAGAGGCGUGUUCGAGAUUGUCUCAACUCUGUCAGUGGCUUUGACGCAUCGGCCUGUAAAGAACCUUUAGAGGAGCAACAAGUAUGUAAUACCAAUGAAUGCCCGGAAUAUUCCGAAUGGUCCGAGUGGACCACAUGCACAGCAGAUUGUGGUGGUGGAACCAAAUCACAUAUCCGCGAAUGUCUCUUGAAUGGCGAGCAAAUCCAGGAAGACACGUGUGAUGGCGAUUCAACAGAGCAAGUCCCUUGUAAUGAAAAUGUUGAAUGUCCAAUGUGGACAGAAUGGAAUUCAUGGGGAGACUGCAGCGUCACUUGCGGCGAAGGCACCCGCCAGAGAGGGCGUGAAUGUGCCAGACCAGUUGACUUCAACGGGCAAUUGAUGUGCGAUGGAGAUACUUAUGAAACUGGACCUUGUGAUUCCUCCGUUCCACCUUGCCCCAUGUGGUCUGAAUGGAGUGAAUGGUCGGAUUGCUCGGAGGAUUGUGGUGGAGGAUACCGAACUCAUGUCCGAGUCUGUGGUGGGGGAAAUGAAGUGGAUGAAGCUGGCAAAUCCCAGUGUGGAUUUGGAGACUUCGAAGAGUCAGAACCCUGCAACAAAGACAUUGAAUGUCCAGAGCAGCCCAUGUGGAGUGAAUGGAGUGAAUGGGGCGGUUGCUCCAAAACAUGUGGAGGAGGAUCCAAAGAGCGUGUCCGUCAAUGUGGGUCGAGCGAUGGGGUCACCGGAUGUGCAGGUCCCUCCCAAGGCAUGAUGUUCUGUAAUCUUGAUGAUUGUCCUACUGAUGCACAAUGGAGCCAAUGGGGUGAGUGGAGCCAAUGCUCUGCUCCUUGUGGAGGGGGUGAUCGAUCCAGGAGACGGACUUGUGAAUCCGAAGCCUCCAAUGGUUAUGGACCUCCCCCAGAGUGCCCAGGCAAUGAGUUGGAUCAUGAGAAGUGCAACGUAAACCCUUGCUCGUUCUGGUCAGAAUGGAACGAGUGGUCAUCUUGUUCCUCCACGUGUGGACCUGGAGUGGUAAAACGUUGGAGAGACUGCAUUCGUACGAACUUACCACGAGGAAACUUCCCGAGAUUAGGCUUAUUGGUCUCACCGUGCCCCGGAGUACCACAAGAGUCCAAACCGUGUCAAAAUCAGGAUUGUCCUCAAGGUACGUGA